CCAAUGGGAAGCGGCGGUGCUGGGAGGUGCCGGCGUGUGAGGAGCGGCGCGGAGCGGAGCGACCGCGACCAUGCUGCGGCGCCAGGCCCGGGAGCGCCGCGAGUACCUGCAGCGCCGGGCCACGGAGCAGCAGCAGCAGCGGCAGCGGGAGCGCAGGGAGAGCCUGCGGCGGGCGCUCGACGAGAAUCGGCUGCUGCCCACGGAGCUGCGGCGUGAGGCGCUGGCCCUGCAGAAGGAGCUCGAGUUCGACUUCCAGGCACCGGGGGAGACAGGGGACAGCCAGGAUGACGAGUACAGGUGGGCGGGGGUGGAGCCCCCCAAGGUGAUGGUGACGACAUCACGGGACCCCAGCGCCCGCUUGAGGCUCUUUGCCAAGGAGCUGUGCCUGCUGCUGCCGGGGGCUCGCCGCAUGAACCGGGGCCGUGCCGAGCUGGGCGCUCUGGUGGGGGCGUGCCGGGCCGCGGGGGUCACCGACCUGCUGGUGCUGCACGAGACCCGCGGGCGGCCCGAUGGGCUGACCGUGUCCCACCUGCCCCACGGCCCCACCGCCCACUUCACCCUGAGCGGGGCCGUGCUGCGCCAGGAGGUCGGGGGGCUCGGGGGGGCCCCGCUGGCCGCCCCCCACCUGCUGCUGCUGCGUCUGGAUUCCACUCUGGGAAAAAGGGUCGGGACCAUCCUGAAGCACCUGUUCCCCGUUCCCCGUCCCGACAGCCGCCGCGUGGUGACCUUCGCCAACGAGGACGACGUCAUUUUAGUGCGGAACCACGUGUACCGGCGCCGGGGACGGACGGUGGAGCUGGAGGAGGUGGGACCCCGCUUCCAGCUGAGGCCCUACCUGAUCCGCCUGGGGACCCUGGAGCAGGGGGACGCGGCCGACGUGGAGUGGCGCUGGCACCCGUACACGGCCACGGCCCCCAAGCGCCGCCUGCUCAGCGCCACCUGAGCCCCCCAGGACCCCCCCGAGCACCUGGAGAGCCCCCCCAGGUGGGGCCCACCUGCACACCUGAGACCACCUCGGCAGCUGAGACCCCUCUGGACUCCCCCAGGCACGGCUGGGUCUCUCACGAUCAGUUUUUAUUUGUCGUAAUAAAUCGUUUUUGUCUA